AUGGCUCCGGAUGAGAACUAUAAACCAAACUUGGUGGAAGAGGAAAAGACGUCGAUUAUGCAGGUCAUCGCGCCGGACCCAAACUAUCAGAAAAGGCUGCAAGAAGAACAAAAUUCGAAGAGAAUUCCUCCUUCCGAAGCUUUUCAACAACGUGUGCAAUGCAUACAUUGUCAUAAGUACACACCCGGAAUGGUAGUCCAGCAGCCUGCAAAGGCUUCAUCGGAGGCUGCGAGCACCCAGUCGAACGCUCGCCGUCUUACACCGACAACACCUGGCUUUCAUACUCCUUCUCCUACGACGCCACUCACUCAAUCAUCCGAUCAUGUUAAUGGUUCGGAAGUUCAUUUAGUGGAGCAUCGUGUCCUGCUGGCCGUCCGAGAUACAGCGUUUGAUUUAGCGUCACCGGAGUUUGCCAAGAAAUCAUCCAAAGAUGUCUUUCGCUGGCUCGCUAGUGCACAACCCAUCAACGACAAGCUUCAAAAGCGAUUGGAACGCCGCAUUAGUGCAGACCCAUCGAUAUGUAAAGCACGUUCUCAUGGCAUGGAACCCCUCUGUCCCGAUGGACUUACUCCGUUUUUGCUGGCGGCCCAUUCCAACCAAGUUGCGGCAGCCAAAAUUUUACUCCUAUUGGGACCCCGAACCGAGCAAUUGCAGACCGUUAAUUUACAAGGCAAGUCAGCAUAUCACCUUGCCGCAACUCGCGGCAAUCUCGAAUUUCUUGAUUACAUCAAGACCGUAUACGAAGAUCCGCAAAAUGGGACUCUCUUCUCUUCCCCGACACCCGUUGACUUGCUGGGACGUACACCGCUCGGGGCCGCCUUAACGAGUCCUGAACCCCAGGCCAAGCGAAAUAAACAAACAAUGAUGGACAGGUUGUUCUCACCCCAAGACAUGUCGAUUUUGGGUAGUCCCGCCCCUGUAACGCAGAGAACAGCGACACUUUCUGAACUACAGCUUGCGUACGGAUCUUCCCACAUGCCUGGCAAGCGUAUUAUGAAUGAAGACGCAAUUCUGACAACCAAGAUCCUUCUCAGCGACGAUUCUACUGUAGGAGUCUUCGGCGUCUUUGAUGGCCAUAGCGAUGCUGGAAAGGUUUCGAACUUUAUUGCGUCUCAGAUUCCACACGCUCUACGCGAUGCGAUGCAACAAGCAGGCGACUGGAACAGCUGGUGUCGACAUGCAUGUCUCGAAAUUGAUGCGAAUUUGAAAAAAAGCAACAUUGCAGGUGGUUCAACCGCCGUCUUUGCCAUAAUUACGCUGGAUCAAAUUGUUGUUGCCAACGUGGGUGACAGUCGCUGUAUUCUAGUACAACACGAUUCAGUUAGUGUGAGCAAUGUCGCGGAGGGUGUGGAAAGGCUAUCCAUUUCUGAAACGGUAUACCCGCAAACAGGGACCGAAACGAAUACCUUAAGUGGCGCGUUUUUAGUAAAGGCGUUGUCAGAGGAUCACAAACCCGAGGCUUCGGCGGAACAUGCCCGUAUUCAAGCCGCAGGCAUGACCAUCACGGAGGAACGGUUCGAAGAAGAUGGCGAAGAAGUUGUCAUUCACAAGGUCCGGUUGUCGGACGGCAAUCGCAUGGCAUGUUCCCGCUCCUUUGGAGAUUUUGAAUACAAAGCCAACGAGACUUUAGAGGCCGAAUCGCAAGCUAUAGUUGCUGUUCCUGACGUUGUCGUUCACGAACGCAGUCAUGCUGACUGCUAUCUUGUUUUGGCGUGUGACGGCAUUUGGGAUGUCAUGAGUAGCGAUGAAGUGGGACAAUUUGUAGUGGAGCACAUCAAAUCAUGUGGCGAAACAGAAGGCGUUUUGCCCGAGGUUGGUGACCGGCUGCUGGCGGAAUGUUUGCAGCGCGGCUCUGGAGAUAACCUCAGUGCCGUCGUGGUAGCCCUCUCAAACUCAGCCGAGCAUUUGUCUUCUGGACAAGUGUUGAAAGGCAAGGCACUGGAUUUUUCGGGAACGCCACCGUGA